AAAAUUGAUAGCAUCAAUUAUUGUAUAAUUUAUUAAAAAUAACAGAAAAAUGGUGUCCACUGUCCAUGUUCUUUACAAUUACAUAAACAUCCAUUCACAUCGGUGACACUCUCUGAAUCUAAUGGCCUCCAAUCUCACAAGCCUCACAAUUCCAUCUUCUUCAUAUUCACGUUCCCUCAAUGAAACCAAUCCAUCUACAAGCCCUCAAGUCAUAUACAGUAGGUCCCACUCCUUUGUGGGUCCCUCCCCUCGUUUCCCUCCUUCCUCCGAUAACAAUCUCUUCUUUCUCGACGAACUCACCGACGACGACGAAGACCAAGACCGACCCCUCAAAUUCGGACCCUCCGAUUUCCAAAUUCUCAGAGUUGUAGGACAGGGUGCCUUUGGCAAGGUCUUUAUGGUCACUAAAAAACAUGGAGAUGAACGAAUCUUCGCUAUGAAGGUUAUGAAGAAAGACACUAUCAUUAAGAAAAACCACGUUGAUUAUAUGAAAGCCGAAAGAGAUAUUCUCACCAAAGUUCUUCAUCCUUUCAUCGUUCCCCUUCGUUACUCUUUCCAAACUAAAUCUAAAUUAUAUUUGAUUUUGGACUUUAUUAAUGGUGGACAUCUUUUCUUUCAUUUAUGUAGACAAGGCAUUUUUAGUGAGGAUGAGGCACGGAUUUACACUGCUGAGAUAGUAUCUGCUGUUUCACAUCUUCACAACAACGGCAUUGUGCAUCGCGACCUUAAACCUGAAAACAUACUCAUGGAUGCUGAUGGCCAUGUGAUGCUAACUGAUUUUGGAAUGUCGAAAGAGAUUGAGGAAUCUGAGAGAUCUAAUUCUAUGUGUGGGACAACUGAAUACAUGGCUCCGGAAAUCCUUAUGGGGAAAGGCCAUAACAAGGAUGCAGAUUGGUGGAGUGUUGGUGUUCUCUUGUAUGAAAUGAUAACAGGAAAGGCACCAUUUAUACAUACUAACAGAAAGAAGCUACAGGAGAAAAUCAUCAAAGAGAAAGUUAAACUUCCGCCAUACCUUACCAGUGAAGCUCAUUCUUUGCUCAAAGGAUUGCUGCAAAAGGAUCCGUCAACAAGGUUAGGCAAUGGUCCAAAUGGAGAUGAGCAAAUAAAAAAUCAUAAUUGGUUCAGGUCAAUCAAUUGGAAAAAAUUGGAGGCAAGAGAACUGCAACCGAAGUUUAAACCAUCCGAUGUAUCUGGAAAAGACUGCACAACUAAUUUUGAUCGAUGCUGGACAACAAUGCCUCUUGAGGAUUCUCCGGCAUCAACCCCUACAGCAGGUGACCAUUUCCAAGGCUAUACUUAUGUGGCACCAAAUCCUUGGCUUUCUUCUAGAUAAACUGGAAAUAUUCAAAUCCAAAGGAAAAUGUUUAUAUGGGUUAGUAAAAAGAAUAACCCCAAGAAGGCAAGCCUUACUGAUUUUUAAGUUCGUUUCUUGGCAAGCAAGCAACAGAAAUCUUCUUUCGCAAAGGUGUCAAACUGUAUUUUCAAAGUGGUUUUUAAAUGAUCAUUGUAAUGGUUCAUCUCACAGAUGAAUAUAUAGAUAAGUAGAGUUUUCAGUGGUUCUGCUGUAGCUUUCAUGUUUGUGCAGUUUGGUUUAGUUCUUGUUUUGAACUAAAACAAGGUAAAAAUGAUUUGUUAGCUUUGUUCAUAUCAGCAUUAACAUAUUUGACUCAAAAUCUUACUCCCUGUGUAUUUAGCCAUGAGCUAUUGAAGAUGUAGCUAACCUAUAUGGUAAUAAAUUUAUAAGUGGCACUAAUGUCUUUGGUUU